GAACCUCCUUCUGAUCAUAACCAAUGAUACAGUGAAGAAGGCAAUGGAAGACCAUAUACCGCAUGAAACCACUUCGGUGGUAACACCGUUCCUCACAAAACAUCUAUACGACCAGAGUCACAUCCCCUCUGACAACUUUGACAAGUUCUGCUACCGCCACAACCCUGAAAUCAAAUGUAACAAACUCACGGACCACAAAAAGAUGAAACAGAUCCAGCGCGACCUCGAGACAUUACCGCUGAGCGACCAGGAGGCCAUCAGUCAUGUGUGGUCCAUCUUCAGCGCCGCGCCCAACCCGCACCGCACACUCAUCCUCCAGGGCAUUCUCUCGCAGUGCUGUUUCCCACACCUCUCGUUUGUAUCGCAGGAGGUUGUCAAGCUCAUCAAGAUUGACUUCAUCUCCAUUUUGCCCUGUGAGGUGGCCCUCAAGAUCCUCUGCCACCUCGACUGCGCGUCCUUGUGCAACGCCGCGCAGGUGUCGCGCAAGUGGAAGCGCCUCGCCGACGACGACCGUGUUUGGCAUCACAUGUGCGAACAGCAUAUUGACAAAAAGUGUCCGCAGUGCGGCUGGGGCCUCCCCUUGAUGCACAUGAAGCGUGCCAGAGAAGUUCCUGAGAGAAAGAUCGAAGAGAUUGAGACCCAGAGUGAGCCGAUUGAACAGGUUGAGACGCAUAUUGAACAGACAGGGACGCAGGUUGAACUGACAGAGAUACAGGCUGAGCCUCGAGCCUCCCAAGGCGAACGAAAGAGAAAGAUGGCGACCGACGCCCCUGUAAAGAGAGCCAAACCGGAAGUACGGAAACGGCCGUGGAAGUCCGUCUACUCCGAACGUUUCAAGGUGGAACGCAACUGGCGCAAGGGGACGUACAACAUCAAAACGUUCCGCGGUCACACGGACGGCGUGACGUGCCUCCAGUUCAACCACAAGUACCUCAUGACCGGCUCGUACGACACCACAAUCAAGAUCUGGAACGUCACCAGCGGUAAGCUCCUCAGAACGCUCUCCGGCCACACCAAGGGGGUACGCGCGUUGGCGUUUGACGAACAGAAGUUGAUCACCGGUGGGUUGGACUCGGUGAUCAAGGUCUGGAACUACCACACCGGCCAGUGCAUCUCGACGUACAAGGGCCACGCCGAUUCGGUUGUUUCAGUGGACUUUCACGACAAAACAAUUGUUUCCGGCUCUGCCGACCACACCAUCAAGGUCUGGCAUGUCGACAGCCGCACGUGCUACACGUUGCGCGGGCACACUGACUGGGUCAACUCCGUCAAGAUCCACGCAGCAUCGAACACCAUCUUCAGCGCUAGCGACGACACCACUGUGCGCAUGUGGGACAUGACAUCGAACCGCUGUUUGCAGGUUUUUGGCGGAAUGGAGAAUCGUGGGCAUAUUGGCCAGGUCCAAUGCGUGAUUCCGUUUUCGUACAACGACGUCUUUGUUGAGGACCACGCUGAUAGCGACUCCGAGACCGAUCCCGUGCAGAGCGAAGUCGAGAGCACCCCUCCGUUGAAUCCCCUUUACCCCACCCAUUUGCUCACGUCUGCCCUUGACAACACCAUCAAGGUGUGGGACGUGGCCACCGGCAAGUGCAUCCGCACGCAGUUUGGUCACUUGGAGGGUGUAUGGUCGAUCGCGGCGGAUAACUUCCGCAUUAUCAGCGGUGCCCACGACCGUUUGAUCAAAGUCUGGGACUUGCAGACGGGGAAGUGCAUGAACACUUUUGGUGCGUUUUCGAGUGUAUCGAGCGUUGCGUUGGGCGAUUCGGCGUUUGUUGCGGGGCUUGAGAACGGAGACGUGAAGAUGUAUUCGUUUGAUGAUCUAAGUACCUAAAUGCAUGUGUUUUGGGUUAUACAAGGAGCUUACCAGGUUGUGAGUAUUUCGACCCUUCUGAACGUAUUUCUGGUGAUUUCAAUCCUGCUUAGGGCAUCUUUGGUGGUUUUCUGAAGCAUCAUAGGACUAGCGAUCUUUUACUGAUUUAAAGACAGGCUUUUUCAUGGUAUUUCCUCUAAAUGCAUUUCUUUUUGACCUUUCCACUUCCUAUUUCAUACAUAUUUCUUUCAAGCUUACGGUUUCGUGCUUUUCGUUUAUUUGGCUAGGGUAUUCCAUGGUUUUCUUUCGUCGCAAGCGACUGGAUAUAAUGUUAUUAAAAAUCCAUGUAGUUCAACACCGG